UGGUUCGACCAAGUUGCCGAGACGCGUGAACAAUAACCCAAAAAUAAAAACACAAAAUAAAAACACAGAACUUAAACUUCAUACAAAUACAGCUAAAAAGAAAGGAAAACAGGUCUUUACAGUGAAUCGAAAAAGGCUAAUUGAAUUAAAAAAUUGAUGAAACAACCUAAGCAGGAAAUUGCUUUUCAAAAACGUUCUAUACGAAGGCAACCCAACGCACACUAUGCGUAUGUUAAGCCAGCACAUAGAGCAUAUUGCGCAUACGCCACGUUGAGUGUUUGAGAAAUUUUUGUGUCAACAUAUUGUUGCUACAAAUUGCGUAUAGAAUUUCAAAAAAACAAAGAAAAAAGGAAGAAACGCAACCAAAAAAAAAAGACCCAUAAAGGAGGAACCAGGAAGACAUUCUAAGCAUUUUUCUGCGGUUGACAGUUUUGUGUAAAUAAGUGAAAACAGCCAUGGAUAUAGUCAUACGAGAGGAGGAUAUAUCCUUGGCACAAAUCGGUGUCUAUGCAUCGGUAUCAUUUUUGGUAGUCUCGGCCGUAGGAGCAGCUCUUUAUACAACCUGUUCAAAACGUUACCGUCUUAAUUGGUUCGAACAAAAUCUUUUGGAAUCCGCGAGCGAAAAAGAUGAAGACCAGCAAAGCAGACAAGCUUUAGUUUCGGGCGCUGUGGGCUAUAAUGUGGACAAUAUUAAUGAGUGUGCGCGAGGAAAUAAAACUAAUGGUGGCAAUCUUAGUCCCACAUCAAUUAAAUCAGAAGAUAAUGAUCCAGCAUUUUGGGUACCCGCAUCAGUGGCAACAACAGCAGCUAAUGCCGUGGCUCAGGAUGAAUCGGCACCACCCACACCCACAUCACCAACUGGGAGUUUGAAAUCGAAUACUUUAUCCUACUGCUCGACCACAUCAGUGCCAAUAGCCCGAUCGGAUAAACAUGUUGUAUUGGCCAUGCAUCCAGGUCGACCGCGUGUCUCAUCCAUGAAUGCUAAGUUGGAUCAUACCAAAAUCGAUAUGACACUAUAUAGAAGUCACUCUCAACCCAAGGCAAUGUCUCCGUUGCCAGCAAAUGAAACUCAAGGCAAUUUGCAUGUCGGCAUAGGUUAUGAUCCUAUUGGAGGUCUACUGAACGUUCGACUCUUGGAAGCUCAAAAUCUCCAACCCCGACAAUUUAGUGGCACCGCCGAUCCUUAUGCCAAGAUUCGUCUAUUACCGGAUAAAAAGAAUUUCUGGCAAACUCGCAUACACAAGAAGACCUUAAAUCCAGUUUUCGAUGAAAAUUUUAUCUUUGAGGUUUCGGCUGGUGUGUUGGAUAAACGUUCUAUCGAGAUUCUACUAUAUGAUUUUGAUGCCUAUUCGCGCCAUGUGUGCAUUGGUGGCACCAAAUUGCAUUUGGCCAAUUUGGAUCUGAGUGAGCAACUGAAAUUGUGGACCCCAUUGACAUCGGCAUCUGCUCAGGAUAUGAAAGUGGAUUUGGGUGAUAUAAUGGUAUCAUUGGCCUAUUUACCCUCAGCUGAACGCUUGAUGGUGGUUCUGAUCAAGGCUAGAAAUUUGCGAAUUGUAGACGAUUCACGUAACUCUUCGGAUCCAUACAUUAAGGUCUCGCUUCUCGGACCGGGUGGCAAGAAAAUGAAGAAACGCAAGACCGGUGUACAAAGGAAUACAGUGAAUCCAGUCUACAAUGAAGCAUUGGCCUUCGAUGUGGCCAAAGAGACUUUGAAAAAUUGUGUGUUGGAAUUUACUGUGGUUCAUGAUGGUCUAUUGGGUUCUAGUGAAAUUUUGGGUCGCACUUUGAUUGGCAACUCUCCAGAUGUUCGCUGUGAAGAAAAAAUGUUUUUUGAUGAAAUGUUUCGGGCCAAAAAUGCUACUGCACAAUGGGUGCCAUUGCAAGAGCCGGCCAAUAAUUUGGCCAACACGGCAACAGCCAAGACAACAACCAACAAGAAUUAAGCUUUUUGCUUCUCCAUGUUUUUGGGAAGAGUUUGUGUCUGGACUAAGCUAGUCAGCUGGCUAACAGUCCGUUAACAGCCCGCUAACAGGGCC